AUGUCCGUCUUCAACAUUGUCGAAUAUCAGGCUGGGCAGAGAAAUCCCAUUGGCCGUGGAUUUCGCAAAAAUUCUCAGGGCCAACUUUCACCUGCGUCCGCGGAAACAUCUGGAAAAGACACCCAGCCAAGACACAAUUCGACUACGCUCAACGCCCUCGUCGAUCUCGACAGACUUUCUCGCUGA